AUGAGUGGGCAGAAGACCCUGCCAAAGUGCAAACCAGUCUGUGGGAAUUGCCUACUCUCCUCCAAAACUGGCCAUAUUUUUGGCGGAAAGCAGGCAAAACUGGGCUAUUUCCCCUGGCAGUUGCAGUUGGUCACCACCAGGGGCGAGAUGGGUGGUGGAGCCCUGAUCUCUGACAGAUGGGUGCUGACCGUGGCUCACCUCUUUGAUAACUUGCUCCAGGUGGAAAUCCAUGGUGGAUUGGUUGAUCUAAGGGGAAGAACACCAGAAGGUGAGCUCCCCAUGGAAUUGGCCUUCAUCCACCCCAGCUAUAGGGAGCAAGUUGUGGGCAGACAGCCUAAUUUCAAUCAUGACAUUGCACUGAUCAAGCUCCGAGAGAAGGUUAAACUGGGAUCCAGUUUAUCCCCCGUGUGCCUGCCUGGACCAGGAGGGGCAUCUCUCCCGGAGGAUGGUUCAUUGGGUUAUAUUUCAGAGUCGGGUAAGAUGGAAAAGGGGAGACUUGCCAUGAUUCUACAGUAUGCUGAGGUACCCAUCGUCAGCAUGGAUGAGUGUAAGAAUUCCAACUACGAUGGGCCAAAGCCCAUUUUCACCCUUAACAUGAUCUGCACUGGACUACCAGUCAUUGCCUCCUGCCAAGGGGACAGCGGGGGCCCCUAUGUGUUCAUAGACCCUCUGAAUCCCACUCACCACAUUGUCAGGGUGAUCAUGUUGUUUGGAUGCUAG